AAUGGGUUCCAGUUGAAGUUGAGACUUUCAAACAUUGACAGUGCAACGGGUCACUCCGUACCUCUUCAAAUCCCGGCCUAUUUACAUUCUGUCUUCCCUCGCAACUCCAAAGGGACCCUGUACCAGCCAUAACUCGAGUUUUGGCUGGCCCUCCAUGUCAACUUACUUGUGAAAAGACAUACUACUUACUGUUUUUCGUCUCUCCUUCCAAUUCCGAAUUUUCUUCGACCGAGAGAUUCUACCGACCAGGACGGAAAACGAAGGGCAGACGGAAGCACAAGACGAACAUCUCGAGGCCUACGCGAGGGCCAAUCCGAUUCUUCCAAUAUGCCCAACACUUCUCUACGGCGGCAGCCUCAAAAGGGCUACCGUCGUGGUGGCAAGAACGCCUACCAUGGCGGAUCCAGGACACGAACGUUCGCCGCCUCGGCCAGCGCCCGCGGCGAGGCUACCUCGAUAGACGAAAAGUGGGAAAGGACAGCCCUUGCGAACCAGAUCGACGAGAACAUGGGCUUCGCCCGAUACGAUGCCGGAAAGAAGCGCGAAGGCUGGCUGGUCAACGUACAACCAACAUCCAUCGACGACUCCCGUAUCCCCGGCGGUGGCGGCCGCGCGGCACUCGACUGCUACUUUAUCGAAGAGGACGGGUCAACAUUCAAAGCCACAGUCGAAUACGAGCCAUACUUCCUGGUCGCAUGUCGAAAGGGUCACGAAGGCGAGGUGGAGGAAUGGUGCAAGAGAGUGCCCGGUGGCGGCUGCGUCAAGUCCAUCCGGAGGGUCGAGAAGGAAGAUCUCAAGAUGCCCAACCACUUGAUGGGCUAUCGUCGAACCUUCUUGGAGCUGAGGUUUCAUAAUGUGCAGGACUUGAUGUCCGCCAAGCGCGAUGUCAUGCCCAUUGCUGAAAAGAACAAAAAGGGCAUGGAUGCAAUGGAUACAUAUGCCGAAGUAGCAUCAGCGAACGGCGGGUUUGAUCUUUUUGAUGACGAUUCACGAAAUGACGAGCGACGACAUAAUGCUGGUUUUGCAGAGGCGAGCGAUUUCAUUGUUGAUAUCCGGGAAUACGACGUCCCAUACCAUGUGAGAGUAAUGAUAGACUUGGACAUACGAGUUGCUAGAUGGUACCAUGUCGAGGCCAAGAAUGGAGUCACGACAGUAAAAGUAAACGAGGAGCGUUUGGCCAUGGCCGACCCAGUCGUAAUGGCGUUCGAUAUCGAGACCACCAAGCUGCCACUCAAGUUUCCCGACGCCGCUAUCGACCAAAUCAUGAUGAUCUCAUACAUGAUCGAUGGCCAGGGUUUCUUGAUCACAAAUAGAGAGAUUAUCUCCGAAGACAUUGCUGAUUUCGACUAUACACCAAAACCCGAGUACCAAGGUCCGUUUAUGAUCUUCAACGAACCGGACGAAAAGGCUCUUCUCGAGAGAUUCUUCCUACACAUCAAGGAGGCCCGGCCGACCGUCAUCGCCACAUACAACGGCGACUUCUUCGAUUGGCCCUUCGUGGAGGCUCGUGCUAGUAUCAAUGGUAUCGACAUGUACCACGAGAUCGGCUGGAAGAAGGACAGUGAGGACCAGUACAAGUGCAACUACAGUGUUCACAUGGACUGCUUCCACUGGGUAAACCGUGACAGUUACCUGCCCCAGGGUAGUAGAGGUCUCAAGGCCGUCACUGUUGCCAAGCUGGGAUACGACCCCGAUGAACUCGACCCCGAGCUCAUGACACCGUAUGCCAGCGAGAGACCGCAGACGCUGGCUGAAUACUCCGUCUCCGAUGCCGUCGCAACAUACUAUCUGUACAUGAAAUAUGUGCAUCCCUUCAUUUUCUCUCUCUGUACCAUCUUGCCUCUAGGCCCAGACGAUACACUAAGAAAGGGAACGGGUACGCUAUGCGAGAUGUUGCUAAUGGUACAGGCUUACCAAAAGGAGAUUGUGUUACCCAAUAAACAUGUCCAACCUAAAGAGUCAUUCUGGGAAGGACACCUGUUGGACUCCGAAACGUACGUUGGUGGUCACGUCGAAAGUAUCGAAGCUGGUGUCUUCCGUGCCGAUAUCCCCGUCAACUUCGCGGUUGAUCCGACCGCUGUGGACGAGCUGAUUCGGGAUCUUGACGCUGCCCUAACAUUCAGCAUUACUGUUGAAGAGAAGAAAGAGUUGAGCGACAUCACCAACUAUGACGAGGUCAAGGAGCAGAUAAUGGCCAGGUUGAUGAACCUCAAAGAAACCCCCAAUCGACUGGAACGGCCUCUUAUCUACCAUCUUGAUGUUGCCUCCAUGUACCCCAACAUCAUGACAACAAACCGAUUACAACCCGAUUCCAUGAUUUCCGAGUCAACUUGUGCAGCAUGCGACUUCAACCGCCCAGGAAAGACUUGUGACAGAAGACUGCCAUGGGCCUGGAGAGGAGAGUACCUUCCAGCCAAGCGCGACGAGUACAACAUGAUUCGCCACGCACUCGAGAACGAGAGAUUUCCGGGGAAAUACCCAAACAGCCCGAUGCGGUCGUUCCAAGACCUGAGUGCAGACGAACAAGCCACCCUCAUCCGAAAGAGACUGCAACUCUACUCACAAAAGGUGUACCACAAAAUUCACGAUUCCACCACGAUUGUCAGAGAAGCUAUCAUCUGCCAGCGCGAGAACCCGUUUUAUAUCGACACAGUCCGUGACUUCCGUGACCGACGAUACGACUACAAGGGCAAGGCGAAGGUGUGGAAGGGCAAGACGGAUGCCCUCAAGAGCUCGGGCGCAUCCGCAUCCGAGGUCGAUAAUGCCAAGAAGAUGAUUAUCUUGUUCGAUUCUCUUCAGCUGGCUCACAAGGUCAUUCUCAAUUCUUUCUACGGAUACGUCAUGAGAAAGGGAUCCAGAUGGUACUCGAUGGAAAUGGCGGGUGUCACCUGUUUGACGGGCGCAACCAUUAUCCAGUUGGCGAGACAACUGAUUGAGCGACUGGGUCGUCCACUCGAGCUAGACACUGAUGGUAUCUGGUGCAUGUUGCCGGCGACAUUCCCAGAGAACUUUGUGUUUAAACUCAAGAAUGGCAAGAAGAUGACUAUCUCCUACCCUUGUGUCAUGUUGAACCAUCUAGUUCACGACAAGUUUACCAACCACCAGUACCAGACCCUGGUCAAUCCGAAGACAUUCAAGUACGAAACGCACAGCGACAACUCCAUUUUCUUCGAAGUUGACGGUCCGUACAAGGCCAUGAUUCUACCCACCUCGAAGGAAGAAGACAAAAACUUGAAGAAGAGAUACGCCGUCUUCAAUGACGAUGGCAGUCUUGCUGAGCUCAAAGGUUUCGAAGUGAAGCGAAGAGGCGAGUUGAAGCUCAUCAAGAUCUUCCAGCAGCAGAUCUUCAAGUUUUUCUUGGAGGGUACCACCCUGGCGGAAUGCUAUAAUGCUGUCGCCAAGGUUGCUAACCGCUGGCUUGAUGUACUCCAUAGCAAGGGUGCAACGCUUGCGGACGAAGAACUUAUGGAACUGAUUUCGGAGAACCGCAGCAUGGCCAAGACGUUGGAGGAGUACGGAAGCCAAAAGUCAACAUCCAUCACCACUGCCAAGCGUCUUGCGGACUUUUUGGGCGAGCAGAUGGUCAAAGACAAGGGCUUGAACUGCAAAUUUAUUAUUUGCGCUCGACCCAAGAAUGCCCCAGUCACCGAACGAGCCGUGCCUGUUGCCAUCUUCUCGGCCGAGGAGGAAACGAAGAGGAUGUAUCUCAAAAAGUGGCUCAAGGAGGAGCCUGCUGAUACCGACCCUCGAGCACUCCUUGACUGGGAUUACUAUCUCGAACGUCUCGGGUCCGUCAUCCAGAAGCUCAUUACCAUCCCAGCCGCCCUGCAGAAGGUUCGCAACCCGGUACCGCGCGUGCCGCAUCCGGACUGGCUGCAGCGGAGAAUCAACAUCAAGGAGGAUAAGAUGAAGCAAAAGAAGCUCACCGACUUGUUCGGGCCUACCACCAAAGGCCCCUUGCAAGACAUCACCCACCUCGCGAAUGGCACCCAGCUAGGAGAUAUGGAGGAUUUUGGGAACUUGCUGAAGCCCAAGACUGUCAGUGAUGCCAUUUCUGCCACGCAGAAAACGGCAUCGGCCCAGAAACGCAAGGAUCCGGAGCCAGCAGCAGCCGAGAACCUGGACCCGUUCGCGGCGCUUCCUAAAAAGAUGCCGUCGCCUAGCGAGGACUACGCGGCUUUCUUGGAGUACCAGAAGCAAAAGUGGAAGCUCCAGAAGCAGGCAAGAGCUCGUAGGCGACACUUGUUCGGUGAAAGGCGUGGCAAUGCGCAGAGCAACAUCCAGCAGACGUUCCGCAGUCAGGCCGAGAUGACAUUCCGAAACACUUGGCAGUUGCUUCAGCUGAGGGCGUCGGACAGUCCAGGCAUUGUCAUCGCUCAUGUGCUUAUCGAUGCCAAGAUCCAUACCCUCAAGAUUAAUGUACCCCGGCAAGUAUUCUUGAAUCUGAAGAGCAGGGAACUGCCGGAUAUUGAGGUUGAGGGUUGCCAGGUUGAACAGGUCAACCAUACAUUGCCUAAUGGCCAUUCUUCUGUGCAUCUUUUCAAGCUUACGGUUCCGGAGGACAUCUACUUUGCGGAAGCAGAAAAGUUCUCUCUGUUGUUCAACCAUCCCAGCGUGGAAGGCGUGUAUGAGAAACAGCUCCCGCUCAAUAUGCGCGCCCUUCUUCAACUUGGAAAUCUUUGCACCAUUGACGAAAGCCAACCUGGCGUGCUUGGAAAGGGUCUUGACCAAGGAUUCGACCUGUCCGGGUUGAAGAGGUCACUUAAGCCGAGGGAGUACCUUGGCGGGGCCCGUAUGGCCUACGUCUAUCUCUCCCACAUUAGCGCUGGUGAGCGUCAGAUCUUUGGUCUUUUCUCCACCACCAGUGACCAAGCCCAUGUCAUUAUCCAGCAGAGGACCAAGGAUGGAGGGCAAGACUUGCCAAACAUCAACAAGCUCUAUGCCGACAUGUUGGCAAGGAGAAAUCAGGAGGCCGCCGGGGCUGAUUGGCAAGAGUGCUUCCCGUAUCAGGACAAGCUGAACAUCAAGAUCACGCAAGUCACCACCCGCCGGAAGGCCUUCCUUGAGGUUGGCGACAUUGUCAAGAAACUAAGAAAGGAAGAGUCUGGACCGACUAUGGUGGUCAUCCAAUCUUCACAGCGCAAUCUCUUGGUUCAUGAGAUUCCCAUCCUGGGAGAGUUCCCCGUUAUGCCGUUAAGGUACGAUCAAGGGGACAGCUCGCUGCCCCCAUUGGGUUGGCAGAGCGUGGUGGCGCGUCGGUUGGUCAAUCACUACCUCAGCCUGGGUUCCUGGAUCACACAUAUGACGGCUCUUGCUCGGUACGGCGACGUGCCGCUGUGCAACCUUGAGCGAGACGACCCCCGCUUUCUGAUCGAUAUUGCAUAUGCUCGCCGACUCAUGGCCAACAAUGUCGUGCUCUGGUGGUCACCGAGUCCGCGCCCCGACCACGCUGGAUAUGAGAAGGACGAUGUGGUUGGUCCGCUCGAUCAGGUUCAGAUGCCUUCUGUCAACAACCCGGGCACUUAUGCCUCGGUGUGUAUAGAUCUCGAGGUGCGAAACCUGGCCAUCAACACCAUUCUCACUUCUUCGCUCAUCAACGAGCUGGAAGGUGCGGAUAGUAUCUCUUUCAAUCCCGCAGCCGAUGCGAACGGCAAUGGAGACGGCGAAGAAUUUCUCUAUUCGGAGAACGCCUUUGCCAAUGCUGGCGUGCAGGUGCUUCGCGAGAUGGUCAAGUCGUGGUGGGCAGAAGCUUGCAAGGGGUCCACCAUGGCUGACGUGAUGGUCCAGCACUUGGUUCGUUGGGUCGAGUCGCCAGCCUCGUGUCUGUACGAUCGUGCUUUGCACUACUACGUUCAGAUGAUGAGCCGCAAGGCGCUCCUUCAGCUCAUGGCCGAUUUCCGUCGUGUGGGAUCGCAAGUCAUCUUUGCCAGCUCCAACAGACUUUUGCUCCAGACCACCAAGUCCGAGGUGGGCAAUGCUUAUGCAUAUUCCCAGUACAUCCUCAAGAGCAUCAAGGGCAAACCGCUCUUUCACUUUAUCGAUCUUGAAAUCAAGGAGUACUGGGACUACCUGGUGUGGUACGACGAGUUCAACUACGGCGGCAAAGCGACACAAGAAGUUCUCGAGAGGGAUGAACAGGACCUGCAAAUGAUCAUGCACUGGCAAAUGGCAACCUUCCUCCCCGUCCGCCUGCAGCCCAUCUUCCGCGACUGGGUCGUCGAGUUCAUCCAGCUGAUGCACAGCAUCAAGCGACCCUCUUUCGGCAGCGACCCAACAGCCACGCCGCGUCUCACUCAACUGCCCGUCAACAUGCGCAACGGCAAUCUAGGCGAGGACGGCGCCGUCGGGCAAAUCAUCCUCGGCAAAGCCUUCGAGAAGCCGCUCAAGAAGGAGAUCGCCAACCUGAUCAACACGCAAAAGCGCGAGCUCCUGCACCCGGAGCUGGCAGGCGACUACACCUUCCCGCAGCUGCCAGGAUCUCACUUGUCUCACCUUUCUUCGUCCACUUCCAAGUCUACUACCAAGAACGCUGCAGGAAAGAAAGUAGCGGCAUCGGCCAACCCGGUCCUCGAGCUCGUCAAGGCCCUGAUGCAAGUUUUGUCUUUAGACAAGAACAUCACGCUCGAAGCGAGGCUGCUGCGCAAGGAACUCCUGGCUAUGUUCGACGUGCGCGAGUUCAGCAAGGACGGCGCGUUCCAGAACCCGUCUGAAAGCUUGAGAUUGGCCCAGUUCAGCUGCGAUAACUGUACCAUGGCGAGGGACAUUGAUCUCUGUCGGGAUGAGGAUUUCAUGGGUUCUGCAGUGUCUGACGUCCCAGCAGGAGGAGCGGCCGGCGAGUUGGAAGUAGCUGGACAACAACAAGAAAAGGGUAGGUGGAAGUGCCCCUACUGCGAAAUGGACUACGAUCGCAACGAAAUCGAGGAGAGACUGGUGGCGGAGGUGGAGGCCAUGGUGGUGGAGUGGACGACGCAGGACCUCAAGUGCGGGAGGUGUGGCGCGCUGAGGGUGAACGAGUUCAUGGAGCAUUGUACGUGCAGUGGCGAGUGGAGAGAGCUGGUUAAGCGGGAGGAGGUGAUGAGACGGUUGAAGGUGUAUAGGAAUGUGGCGAGGUAUUAUGGGUUGAGGAUGUUGGGGGAUGUGGUGGAGGGGGUUGUUGGGGGGUUGUGAUGUGCUUGUUGUGUUGUCCUGGG